AUGGCUUUCGCAUCUUCUUUUUCUUCUCGCAAGCCAAGUCCCAUUUCGAACGAGGAUAAUUCGGUUGAUUCGAGUUCAGCAACGCCUGGCUGGAAACGGAAGGACACGAGGGCAAAACGAAAGCGACGGGAGGAUGCGCGCAGCGACCCUGGACGACUGGACGCGAACUCCGCUUUGAUGGCGACAAACUAUUAUGGUGCUGCAAAGGCCAUCUUCUCUGACAAUCCUUUGGGCCUCACAUGCGGGAUGGUUUGCCCAACGAGUGAUCUCUGUGUUGGAGGCUGCAAUCUCUAUGCCUCCGAGGAAGGACCAAUCAACAUUGGUGGGCUACAACAGUUUGCUACUGAGGUGUUCAAGCAUAUGAAAAUCCCCCAGAUCUUGCCCCCAGAAGUGCUUCCAGUUAGCCAGAGGCACCAGAGCUACAUCUCAUCCAAAGUGGCACUCAUUGGCUGUGGUCCUGCAUCCAUCUCUUGUGCCACUUUCCUGGCUCGACUUGGUUAUGUCAAUCUCACCAUCUUUGAGAAACAAAAUUAUAUUGGGGGCCUUAGCUCUUCAGAGAUCCCUCAGUAUCGUCUCCCGUAUGAUGUGGUGGACUUUGAGAUCGCAUUGAUGCAGGACCUAGGGGUCAAGAUCGAGACAGGUCGAGCCCUCAGUACCUCAGAUCUGACAAUUAACGUGACCAUCUCUAAUAUGUUUGCUUCACAGAAACUGAAGGAGGAAGGUUACAAUGCCAUAUUCAUUGGGAUUGGGAUGCCUGACCCCAAGGUGAUCAAGGUCUUCGAAGGCUUGACCGAAGAGCAAGGCUUUUACACCUCCAAGGGGUUCCUGCCUCGUGUUGCCAAGGCCAGCAAGGCUGGAAUGUGUGCAUGCAAGAGUUCUUUGCCAUCUCUUCAUGGAAAUGUGAUUGUCCUGGGAGCUGGAGACACAGCAUUCGAUUGUGCCACAUCGGCCCUCCGGUGUGGGGCCAAACGAGUCUUUGUUGUUUUCCGCAAGGGUUUCACCAACAUCAGGGCUGUUCCUGAAGAGAUGGAGUUGGCUCGUGAGGAGAAGUGCGAAUUCCUCCCCUUCCUAUCCCCAAGACAGGUGUUUGUCAAGGGUGAUCGUCUCACAGGGAUGGAGUUUUGUCGCACCGAGCAGGACAACCAAGGAAAUUGGAUCGAAGAUGAAGAGCAGACAAUUCGACUAAAGGCCGAUUUUGUCAUUUCGGCCUUUGGCUCCACGAUCGCCAACUCUGACGUAUUGAAAGCCAUGGAACCAGUUCGUCUAACUCCCCAUGGGACCGUCGAAGUAGAUGAAGAAACGAUGGCAACAUCAGAACUGGGAGUGUUUUGUGGUGGAGAUUUGGGGGGCACUGCUGAAACCACUGUUGAAUCUGUCAAUGAUGGAAAAACUGCCGCCUGGCACAUGCAUCGCUAUAUUCAGCAAAAGUAUGGUCUCGGGACUCCUGAAACUCCCAGGCUUCCCAAGUUCUACACUCCAAUCGACUUGGUUGACAUUAGCGUGGAGAUGUGUGGUCUCAAGUUUGAGAAUCCCUUUGGCCUGGCAUCUGCUCCCCCCACAACAUCCAGCAGCAUGAUACACCGUGCUUUUGAGCAGGGUUGGGGAUUCGCCCUCACAAAGACCUUCAGUCUUGACAAGGACUUGGUGACCAACGUGAGCCCACGCAUCAUCCGAGGCACCACUUCUGGUCACACCUAUGGUCCUGGACAGGGUUCCUUUCUGAACAUAGAGCUUAUUUCUGAGAAAACCAUGGCCUACUGGCUUCAGAGCAUUACAGAGCUUAAAAAGGACUACCCAGAGAAGGCAUCAAGCAUUAUGUGUGGAUUUAAUGAGCAAGAUUGGACUGAGCUGGCUAAGGCAGCAGAGGCUGCAGGAGCAGAUGCGUUGGAGUUGAAUCUAUCAUGUCCACACGGGAUGGGGGAGCGCGGAAUGGGUCUGGCAUGUGGGCAGAAUCCUCAGCUCGUCAAGGGCAUCUGCAAGUGGGUGCGCAAGGCUGUGAAGAUACCUUUCUUUGCCAAGCUCACACCUAAUGUGACCGACAUCACAGAGAUUGCCAUUGCAGCUAAGGAAGGGGGAGCUGAUGGUGUGACAGCCACAAAUACCGUGUCUGGUCUCAUGGGUCUGAGAGGGGAUGGUUCAGCAUGGCCUGCAGUGGGGAAGGAAAAGCGAACAACAUAUGGUGGAGUGUCUGGCAAUGCCAUUCGUCCCAUUGCACUUCGUGAUGUGUCUGCCAUUGCCAAAGUCCUCCCAGGGUAUCCCAUAUUGGCCACUGGAGGCAUCGACUCUGCCGAUGCAGGCAUGCAGUUUCUUCAUGCUGGGGCAUCAGUCCUUCAGGUGUGCAGUGCAAUCCAGAAUCAGGAUUUCACUGUGGUUGAGGACUACAUCCUUGGUCUCAAGACUCUCUUGUACCUAGAGACUUUGCAGGAACUGAAGAGCUGGAAUGGACAGAGUCCUCCUACAUUCAAGCAUCAACUGGGGAAACCCAUUCAUCAUCAUGAACAGAACCUGCCACACUUUGGUCCAUACCUGAAGAAACGACAUGAGCUGCUAAGGAAGGAGAAGGUGAAGUUGGACCUGCUGUCUGGGGAUCUGCUCCCGGCACCGGCCCGACCCUCCUAUCGACCUCAGAAGCCCAUCCCUCAGGUGAAAGAUGUCAUUGGGAGGGCCUUGCCCAUGAUUGGGUCCUAUGGGGACCUUGACAACACCCAGCAAGUUGUGGCACUCAUAGACGAGGACAUGUGCAUCAACUGUGGGAAGUGCUACCUGGCCUGCAAUGAUGCUGGCUACCAGGCCAUCAGCUUCGAUUCUAAAACGCACAUCCCCCACGUGACAGAGGACUGUACUGGCUGUACCCUCUGCCUCUCUGUCUGCCCCAUCAUCGACUGCAUCACGAUGGUGAAAAGAGUGAUUCCAUACACUCCCAAGCGAGGCAUCCCGGUUGUAUCGAUGAAAGGCAUCACUGCUGACAGUGGCAAGUCCCAGUGAAGGCUUCCCCCUCUCAAGAAUUCCUGUGUCGGCUGAUCGGUUUCCAUGUUUCUUCUUUCUGAGGAGUCACUUACAUGUUUGUAAUCUUUGAUGUUAAAAGCUUUGUAGGGGUGUGACACUCAAUAGGCAAAAGGUAGUUCACAGAUCCACCUAUUUGUGUUUAUCCCAGUUGUUUGCUUCUGCUUGUUUGGUACUGUGAGAGAAUUUAUUCUCGGAUAGUGGUCCAAUCUAAGGUACCAAUUGAAGUGUUUUCCAGUGCUCUCAGGUAUAUUUUCUUGUAAGAUAUAUCAUGCGUGUUGGUAGAAAAUCGUAUACUCGAAGAAAGCCAGUGGUGUUGCAUGCUCCUCAUGGUAUGCUAGGUUGCCUCUCUUGUUGUGUUCCUGUUACUGAAGCAAUGUUUAAAAUCUCUUUGCACUUUGUUGCACUAUUGUCAAGUGUACUCGAGACACGAGUGGAUGUCACAUGAAUGAGGUGUUGCCACUGAGGUCGUCAUUGGAUCUUGUUGUGAAGUUGGUGUUGAAGAAAGGGUGAGCAGGUUGGUUAUGUGAAAAAUAUAAAUUGCUUUACUCAACAAAGCACUUUGGUGGAAGAAAAAAAAAUUCACAGAAGAGUGGUGAAUGAUCAUUCAGUACAAAUCUAAAGCAAUGUUAUCUUGAUGGCCUAUCUGUGUCUAGGUAGAUCUCAAGAAUACAGUUGGUGACAUAAUCAGCACAUUCUCAAGUAGCAUUUGCAUACUUGGCUCAAUUCCUGCCAAUUGAAAAAUAUACCUGAAUCUUACCUGAUUAUAUACCUCUUGCCAGAAUAUAGCCUUUUUGUUGUUGCAAUAUUUGCAAUGGGAACACGAUUUUCUCCUGGGACGUGUAUGGUAUCUGACAAAUAAAGUAUCUGGACCACUCCAUGAAGUACAAUGACAUUCAAGUACUUGCAAUCCCAAGUAGUGAAGUACUUUCAUCGUUCCAAAAGUAAUCAAUCAAACGAUCGUUAUGGCUGACUAUUUUUAACCCAAGAGACAAAGAUAUAUAUGCCCUUUGGUUAUCCAUAUUGUGUGUACUGUCAAUGUCAAUGUGUAUUGCAAUCCAGAACUUUCAAGCAAUGAAGAC